AUGUCAGAUAUCAGGAGUUUCUUCGGUAUCAAAACUGCCUCUGGGACAGUUGCUCCCGCUGCUACCAAACCAGCUCCUAAGGAGGACCCUACUACCGCGCGAAAGAAACGAAGCAGAAAGGUAGUUGAUGACAGUGACGAGGAUGAUUUUGAGCCUCAACCAUCUCCGAGAAACAAACCAGUGAAGAAACAACCAAAAGAGGAAGCCAAAGGAGAGCCGACUAGCACAUCAGAUUAUUUUGCAUCUAGCAAGAAAAGAGGUCGACCUCCGAAGAAUGCCGAAGCAAAGGAUACCGCACCUGCGACUCCCUCGCCUGUCGAGAAUGGAAGCAGCACACCAAAAGCCAAACAAAGCAAGGAGACGCCAGCAUCAACGGGGAAGAACGCAGCAUCGAGAGCAUCGAAGCCUGUCUUGAAGGUAUUGGAUAAUGAUGAAGGUCUUGGAGGUGAUGAUAUCUUUGCAACUGAGUAUAGCAAAUCCGGCCGGCGCGAUGAUGACUAUGUCGAUGAUAACGACGCAAGCGACUCUGACGACCUUAUCGUGAAGCCCGCCACCUCUAGAAGGAGUAAACCUGAUGACGACGAUAUGGAAAUGCUUGACACCCCACCCAAAUCCAAGCCUGGAAGAAAACGCAAGACGGACGCUGCCUUUGAUGCUGAUGAAGAUGAUAAAAAACCCAAGAAGAGUACAGGACCAGCAGUCAAGAAACAGAAAUCUGCUGCAAAAUUACAGGAGCCUGAAAACAAAGAAAUUCAGGAUAUUUUCGAUGCCAUACCGACUGUCAGACCGCCAACUCCGCCGCCAACAGUGCCCGGUGAGAAGCCAAAAUUCAAUUUUGCGGCUGCUGGUAGAUCGCGUACGCCUCCUGCUGCUGGGUCAGCAGAAAUACCAGUGGGGGCUGAGAAUUGCCUUGCUGGUUUAUCUUUCGUCUUUACAGGCGUUCUGGAUUCUCUUGGACGCGAGGAAGGCCAGAGUCUUGUUAAGCGUUACGGAGGCAAAGUUACCGGAGCUCCUAGUUCAAAGACGAGCUACGUUGUUCUUGGAAGCGACGCCGGCCCUAGCAAACUAAGGAAGAUCAAGGAGAUGAAUAUCAAGACAAUAGGCGAAGAAGGACUAUUCGAGCUGAUCCGACGGCUCCCUGCUAACGGAGGCAGUGGCAAGGCUGCUGGACAAGCGCAAGCGAAGAAAGAGGCUGAAGAGAAAAAAAUUCGUGCCAUGGCCGAGGAAAUGGAGCAAGAAGAGAAACAGAAAGCGGCCGAAGCAAAGGCAAGGAGGACACCUCAGAAGUCCGCGGCCACGACACCGGCUAGCUCGCAACCCCAAUUUGACGAUCGUCUUUGGACAACAAAAUAUGCACCAAGCUCGCUAAACAUGAUAUGCGGAAACAAAGGCCAGGUCGAGAAACUUCAAACAUGGCUGCGUAAUUGGCGCUUGAAUGCGAAACGGAAAUUCAAAAUGGCCGGAAAAGACGGCUCUGGCCUGUAUAGGUCUGUCAUGAUUCAUGGACCACCCGGUAUUGGAAAGACGACAGCAGCUCAUCUGGUCGCUAAACUGGAGGGAUAUGAUGUUGUUGAGACCAAUGCUAGUGAUACUCGUAGCAAAAAGCUGGUUGAAGGAGGUCUUCUCGGUGUCUUGGAUACGACAUCCCUUCAGGGUUAUUUCUCGAGCGAAGGCAAAAAUGUUGAAAGUCAAAAGAAAAACCUGGUCUUGAUCAUGGACGAAGUGGACGGUAUGUCUGCCGGGGACCGAGGUGGUGUUGGUGCUCUUGCUGCUGCCGCCAAAAAGACAAAUAUUCCUUUGAUCUUGAUUUGCAACGAGCGCAGCCUACCCAAGAUGAAGCCAUUCGAUCAUGUCACCUAUGAGCUUCCAUUCAGGCGUCCAACUGCAGAAAUGAUCAGGGCACGACUUAUGACGAUUUGUUUUCGCGAAGGUCUUAAGAUUCCUCCUCCAGUUCUCGACAGCUUAAUUGCAGGAACCAAUGCAGACAUUAGACAGCUUAUCAAUAUGUUGUCUACGGUGAAAUUGGAUCAGAAGACCUUGGACUUUGACCAAGGAAAGCAGCUAUCAAAGGCGUGGGAAAAGCAUAUCAUCUUGAAGCCUUGGGACAUUGCAUCCAAGAUUCUUAACGCUCAGACAUUCUCGCAGAGCUCCAAGCUUACCUUGAACGACAAGAUCGAGCUGUAUUUCAAUGACCACGAGUUCAGCUAUCUCAUGCUCCAGGAGAAUUACCUGAAGACUCAACCAACCCUGGCUAGCAACUACCCUGGCAAGGAGCGAAAGCUGAAACUUCUCGAGCUAGCUGAUAAUGCCGCAUCGAGCAUCAGUGAUGGUGAUCUUGUGGAUCGAAUGAUCCAUGGCAGCCAGCAACAAUGGAGUUUGAUGCCAACCCACGCUGUUUUUAGUUUUGUACGACCUGCCAGUUUCAUUUUCGGAAACAUGAUGGAACGAACGUCCUUUACGAGUUGGUUGGGUAAUAAUAGUAAAUAUGGCAAACUCAACCGUUACACCAAAGAGAUCCAAGGACAUAUGAGACUUCGAGCUUCAGGCGACCGCGAUGAGAUAAGACAACAGUAUUUGCCUGCGCUUUGGGAUAAAAUGGUGCGUCCAUUGAUGGUUGAUGGCAAAGACGCUGUCGAAGAUGUCAUCGAUCUGAUGGAUAGCUAUUUCAUCACUCGCGAGGACUUUGAUUCUAUAGUUGAACUCGGCCUUGGUCCAAUGAGUGAAUCGGUAGUCGAUAUCCACACCCAAACAAAGUCAGCAUUCACCAGGAUUUACAACCAACGAUCCCACCCUCUGCCGUUCAUGAAGGCCACCAACGUUCUCGCGCCGAAGAAAGGACCCAAGGUCAAACCCGACAUUGAGGAUGCAAUUGAGGACUCUGAUGAAGAGGAGGUCGUCGAUGAUGCCAUCGAAGAGGAUGAAGAAGAGGAAUUAGAUUUGAAGAAGGACAAAUAUGUCAAGGUUCCCAAAGCCAAAAAAGCGGCCACCAAAGGGACCGCCAAAAGCAAGAAAGCCAAGGCAAAGAAUGACAAUGACGAGGAUGACGAAGAAGAGAAACCGAAGAAAGGUCGGAAGGGGAAGGCCAAAGCGAAGUAA